GACCAGUCAGGCUAUCAUGUAUUAUGUGCUGUUGAACGAUAAAAAUGAGUGAUAUGUAGACAAACAAAGAUUAUCUUCAUAAUAUUGUUAUUUGUUAGCUGAAGCACACUGUGAUAUUUUCGAGGAUAACAAAUUUCAGGUGGAUACUGUGAUAUGCUUGUCAAGAUGCAGAUAUUGAAGCGUGGCGUGAUCCUGUUCAUGUUCGGCAUGUUCUUCUCCCUCGUACUCAAUCUUCUCCAGACAUACCGUGAGAUUCGUGAGGAUGAAACACCUCCUGGCCUGUUUGACCACUACAGCUCCUGUUGGUGGGUCCUUCCGGUCUGUGGACUUACUGCUGCGUUUGUUGGUUUGAUGUACCCAGUGUUGGACAGCCACCUGGAGGAGCCACUGAAUGUCAAGAGUGAAUGGUCCAAUGUGAUGAGAUGUGUCGCCGUGUUUGUAGGCAUAAACCAUGCCAGUGCUAAACUUGACUUUAUGAACAAUCUACACAUGUCUCUCACACUAGCGGCCAUGUGUAUAGGACUAUGGUGGUUGUUUGACCGGUCCAAGAGCGGCUUUGGGCUCGGGGUCGGAAUUGCUGUGUUGGCAACUAUACUCACCCAGUUCUUGGUUUAUCAGGGAAUUUACAAAUACGGCAAAGCAGACUUCAUGUUUAUGCGCUCCUGGCUGCCAUGUAUCUUCUUCUCCGGGGGGAUAACUAUUGGAAAUAUAGGCAGACAGCUGGCAUUGUAUGACGAUAAAGAGAAGAAAGACUGAGUCUGUGAUAUUUCCUACCUCGUACCAGAGUUGUGGUCAUUUUCCUACACUGCCAACUGUUGAAAAAGGACUUGAGUCUCAUGCGAUAUUGGAAGGCCUUUGGGUUAGGGCCUUUAUCCUUACAUGUAGAUUCACCCGUUAUCUUGAUGUCCAUAAGAGUCUCACCAGAGUGUUUCAUUGAAGAGUCACACUGGUGUGUUUCACGUGACAUUGUCAGGAUUCCAUGCGACUGUGAAAGCCUGUUAAUUCAUCAAGUUCAGCUGAUAUUGCAUAAUUAUGUAUCAGGGCUUCCGUUAAAGGACUUUUUGAAGUAUAUUACUUGCUAAAACUUCAAAAAUUGGGUCUUUGGAAAUUCUCUUUUUCGGCCUUUGUAUGUUUUGGUUACGAAUUAUUUAAGUCAUCCUUAUCAGAUUUUUGAAUACCCAAUGCAAGGCUUUGCUGUAUUGUUACAAUUUUGAAUACUUUAAUCAAAAUAGUUGUAAAAUGAUGGUAAACUUAUUUGUGUUAGAAAGCCUUAUACUCUGUGUUCCAUAAAGAGAUAAGCUACCUAUAUUGAUGCCAAUGAAGUUUGAACCACAAUUUUCCAAAGCCUAUAAGAAUCUUUGCAAUCAUUAUCUGUCACAUGUGUACUUGUGUCAUGGACAGUAGGCAUAUAAUUGUUCAGGUGUGCACUAGUCUUCUUAACCUUGCUUGUUAUAGUUUUUGGGUAAACUUUUCAUUUUGUGUACAGAUUUGUAAUUGUUGGGGCUGUGGCUGUUAGAUCGAUUUUUUAUUGAUUGAAUCUUGUGAUAUAAGAUACAUGAUUGAUAAAAUUAAACACUAGCUUAGUUUGAAAUAAUUUCGGACUGGCUGACCUAUAUGACCUCUUUGAUUCUAAUGGGAUAUGAUGUAAAUACAAACUCCUGACUUUAAAGAAUUCAGAUGAGUUUAACAGUCACACAUACAUUAUACAGCCAAACAAACAGUUUUUCAAUAAUGCUUAAAUUAACUUAAAUUGUCAAGCAUAUUUUGCUAAUUUAAAUUGCAAACGCUAGGACCUUGAUUGCAAUUACAGAAUGUUGAAUUCUUGUUUUAUUUUUAAAUGUUUGAAUGUAAAAUAAAUGUAAUAAAGUUAUUUUUUUUAAAUGUAACAUAUUUUAUUUGUAAUGGUAAAUUUGUUAAUUGGUCUCUAAACUUUUUGUGACAUUUAAAGUAAUGUUACCUUUCUAUGUGUUACCACUAAAGGCAGUUACAAUACACACAAGAAUUGUUUACUUGUAAUAUUGAUAUUGCAACACUUGUUAAAUGUUUAUUCAAAAAUAGUAUAAUUGUUCACAGAAACAAGCUAUGACUGUCCCGUGUUUGUUUGUAACUGUUUUCGUUUUGUUGUGUUAAAGUGAUUAAAUGAUAGGGCAAAGUCAUGAUAUUUGCCAUUGUGGCAAUCUUGUAUAUUAUUGCCGUGCACCAAGGUGUAAGUGCAAAUCAGGGAAUAGAAGGGUGAAAAAUUGUAUGUUUAAGCUUUUAAAUGGCACAUUUACUAAUAUAUUGAUAAAUAAUAUUUGGUCCAUAUUCUACUAAAAAAACGAGAGAAAAGGAUGAACUUAAGUAUGUGAUCAAGUAAUAUAUUCUUGUUUUAUACAUUACAAUGACUGAUAUCACAAAACAAUCUCAUAAUCUAUGAGAAAAUGUGCUUUUUUUUAAAAAAGUGAAAAAUAUGAGAUUUCAUUCCCACUUGGCUGUUUUUUGGUAAAAUGAGUCGAUUGGGAAUUUAGAAUGACUUCAGCAUUUUUAUGAUAGUGUACUAUGGUUUAAUCUUGUACAGAUGGUGCAUUUUUGAGAAUGUCGGAUUAAUUUGAUGCUUUUUCAUUAUAGUGUUGUUAGAUUAGAUGCUGUAGGCUUAGUUCAAAUAGAAAUUCUUUUUCAUUAUUUUCAUUUGUAAAAUGGUUGUAUUUUUACCAAGUUUAGUUAUUUAAUAUGUUGAGUUGUUGUUUUUCUGUACAGCUGAACUUAUAGGCUGCAAUAUCAGUCAGAAAUGGUGGACACAUUUUUGUGAUAAAAUUAAAACAUAACAUUAAUGUAUAUAAAUCUAUAAGAAAUCACCAUUACUGACCGAUACUGCCAAUAUGGCUAAAAUAAAGAAUUAAAGCUUUUUAUCAUAUCCAUGCUUUAUAUAUUUUCAUUGGUUGAGGUUCAUAUUCACGCUUUUCAUUGGGCGAUGGUUUGCGACAAACUAUCAAAGUGAUAUUCAUCAGCUAAAAUCAAUAUUUUAAAGCAAUGCUGCAUGUUAAACAGGAAGUAAUUCUUAUUUUUUUUCUAAAAAAAAAGAGAAAGCUUGUAAUGGAAAAAUUAACGUAGGUGAUUUCAUUUUGUGAGCAUUGGAUUUUCGGCGUAAAUGAUUAAGAUAGUAUGUAAAAGCAAGUUUUUAAGAAAAUUAAUACUAAUAGUUAUGGACUGAUGUUAUCACUCUUUAUUAUCCAUAGAAUGGAACAUACACAUCAUUGCCAGUCACUAACUAUAUUAGCUUUAUUCUGUUCUUUUAAUGUUUAAAAGGAUGGUGGUGAUAGCUGUACUCUAUUGUAUUCCAUGUGUGUGUAUUUACAAAAUGUGUACAGAACACUGGGCCCAACUUAUUUAAAGUCUUGCUGGAUCUAUUAUUUUUCACAGUUAAUGUGUUAAUUUCAAAAUGCAAAUCAGUAAUCAAUAAACACAGUUGUAUAUAUUUUGUGCAUAAAUACCAUUUGGAUAUUUUUAACAUACAGGGAUGUUAAUGUUCACAAUUAAUCCUUUCCAUUUUAAAUUACUCUCUGUACAUAAGUAACGAUUGUUUUUGCUUGACAUUUGUGUUGGAAGUACCUGAAACAUUAGUUAUUAACCUGCUUUUUAAACAUUUCAAACAGGGUUCUAAACCCCUUUAGCGUGCCUGAGGCCAGUUAAUCUCUUGAACUCGAACCCAAUUCCAAGGAAUGGGAUUUUUGGUCAGUUUAUUUUAUUUUUUUGACAAUUUGUGGUUUGAUUGUUAUCAAGUUGAUCCAACUAUCUUUUAUUUGUUUAAAUUUAUGUUGGUGUUUAUUCAGUUUGGCAAAGUGGAAUUAUCUGUCAGUUUAAUCGAUUGUUAAGGAGGUUCUCGAUAUGCAACAACUCGACAGAUAAUGGAACAUUUGUGACCUAUUUUGUAAAGAACAUGUAUUUUUAACACAUUUGCAUUUGCACAUUUUCGUUUGCACAUUGCUCAUUUUCCUUAGCUUGAAAAAUGAAGUCCCAUAAAAAUUAUGUAAAGUUUUGCAUUUAUUCAGUUUGUUUUGUUAAGAAUGGCGAAUGUUUUAAAAUAUGAUAUAUUAUGUAUAAUACUGAUACAUGAAAAAAGGUUAAAAAAAUCAUGAAUAAAAAUUACAAAUAUG